AAAAUCCCCAUCGCAUCGAAGGGAGCAGGGGAGGUAUGAAGUUGCGACGCGCAGGGACGCAGGGAUAAGCUAUCGUACCUAUCUCAUCGCGAAUGGUGGACACCGGAAUCAUGGAACCGCCCUAUUAUAUCUUAGUCUCCCAGCUAGCUUCGAAAUUGUUGGAGCUCUCGUUGGAGCUAUGUCGUAGUCGAGACACGAAGCAACGGUAACGGUAUUCGGUAUUCGAAAUUCAACGAUGAGGUGCCAAUUCCCAAUUCCAAAUUCCACGACGAGCUUCCACGUACACAGCGAUUGCAGAUUAUCCAAAUGCCUAAGGUUCAAAGAUCUCUCAAUAUUCUCAUCGUCGGCGCCGGACUCGGUGGCCUCGCUACUAGCCUAGCCCUUCAGACCGACGGACAUACGGUUCGUGUAAUCGAUGCGGUUCCAGAAUUUGCCGAGGCUGGCGCAGGCAUCAGACUACCACCCAACUCGAGUCGCCUUCUUCUCCGAUGGGGUGUCGACCUGGAGAAGAUGAAGAAGUCGGUAUCGGAGCGUUACCACUUCGUCCGAUGGAAAGAUGGGUCUACCAUGGUCGAACUACCAUUCGAUAACAUCGUCGAGGAACACGGAGCCCCUUACUACUUGGUACAUCGCGCAGACCUCCACGAUGCGCUCCUAGCUGCCGUACGAAAAGCCGGCGUCGAAGUCCUAAACAACAAGCGGGUCGUCUCUUAUGAUUUCGAAGCCCCCAGCGCAACGACACAGGAUGGCGAAGUCUUCACUGGGGAUCUAGUCAUCGCGGCUGAUGGCAUCAAGUCACUCACGAGGCCUCUUCUCACGGGCCAGCCAGACAUUCCCCGAGACACGGGGGACGUGGCGUACAGGAUCAUCAUCCCAGGAGAGAAGUUGCUGGCAGAUCCUGACCUAGCGGAUCUCAUCACGAACCCAUGCACUACGUCGUGGUGCGGGCCAGAUGCUCAUCUCGUCGGGUAUCCCAUACGUAACGGCGAACUCUACAACCUAGUCGUGUGCGCGACAUCGUACAACGAAACUACCGAUCAGGUUUGGGUGAUCAAGGGUGACAAUAGCGAGCUGUGCAAGAGGUUCGGGGAUUGGGAACCACGCAUACAAAAGCUAUGCGCUCUCACGGGGGACUUCAUGAAGUGGAGGCUUUGCGACUUGCCCGACUUGUCGCGCUGGGUACAUCCAUCCGGCAAGGUCAUGCUUUUAGGGGACAGUUGCCAUCCGAUGCUUCCCUAUCUCGCACAAGGCGCAGCGCAGUCGUUUGAGGAUGCUGCCGUUUUACGUCAGUUGUUAGCCAAGGACAUGAAGCUCGAGAGUGUACUAGAACGGUUCGAGGCAAUCCGUAAACCACGAGUGACUCUUAUACAGGCCAAGACACGAGAACACCAGUACAUCCUACACAUCGACGACGGUGAGGAGCAAAAGCUACGGGAUCAGAAGCUUCGAGUCGACAACGAGGAGAACCCGAUCUUCUGGGGUUACGACGAACGACGAAAGUGGUUAUUCGGUCAUGACGCAGAUGUGCUGACAGAGGAGGGCGCUAACUGGAAGCUGUAUAUACCUGGAAAGGGGGCUACAUAAUCGAAGCGCCGAGCCUAACUUCUAUGGCUCGUUCUGAGAGGAUCGUGAUGAGUGUUCUCGCUAGGGGUCAUAGCACUGGAAGCCCAUGGAAGCUCAUGGAGUACCAUUCACUCAUUAAUGCUAAGGAUAGUAGGAUA